ACGUCACUUCCGCCCCUUUAUUUGCGCCAUUUUGGAUAGGGCAGUUUCCAGGCUGGAUGUGUAUUGUCUGUCAGUAGAGAAUGGGCAAAGUGAAAUCCGCUUCCAGGAAAUUAUAGGCAGACUUUAGAGCAUUUAUUCACUAGGGCGGGCGAACCCGGUCGUUGCGCCCGCAGCGCUGCGGGGAAACGAGGCUCGGAAUUGUCUGAUGAAGCUCGCGCGCCCACCGCUCCCGCUUGCCGACCGCAGGGAAGAAAACAGCCCCUGCUGGAGAGGGACAGUCGGGUUGUGAGGGUAGAGCGGCGGCCGGGGCGGCUUGCUCCUCACCUCUCGAGGCACCUGAGCGGGCGAGAGCGGAGCCAGUGUCCCCACGACGCGGUGGUCGACCUGAAGUCGGCGUAAUUCGGUCAGCCGGGCGCUGCGGACGCGAAAGCAGGCAGAAUGUUCCAGCUCCCUGUCAACAACCUUACUAGUCUACGGAAAGCAAGAAAAAAUGUCAAGAAGGUCCUGGGAGACAUCGGCCUUGAGUUCUGCAGAGAUCACAUAGAGGACUUUAAAGAAUUCACUCCUCCGGAGGUCUAUAUCAAACACACAAGCUGGGAAGAUGUGUGCAUGUGGGAACCAUCACAUACCAAAGUCCAGGACUACAGAUCGAAGCCUUUCUGCUGCUCUGGCUGCCUCUUCUCAUCCAAGUACUUCUCAGCGUACAAGAGCCAUUUUCGCAAUGUUCACAGCGAGAACUUUGAGAACAACAUCCUGCUCAACUGCCCCUACUGCACUUUCAAUGGGAAUAAAAAGACUCUGGAAACGCACAUCAAACUCUUCCACAUGCCCAACAAUGCGGCGCGCCAGGCCCCAGGUGGGAUUGUGGCCGGCUCGGGCGGGGUCAUGAUGAAAGACGGUCUUAUGAGGAGGACUGGAGACACUGUGGAGCAAGCAGUGUACUACUGUAAAAAGUGCACCUACAGGGACCCUUUGUACAAUGUGGUUCGAAAGCACAUCUAUCGGGAACACUUUCAGCAAGUGGCUCAUCCCUACAUUGUGAGACCAGGAGAAAAAGCGGGUGCUCAGAAUGGGGGUACCCUGGGGGGUCCAGAUACCACCAGCGCUCACAAUGCUGUCAGUAACCAGAUUCACUGCAAGAAGUGUCUGUUUGUUCCUCGGACCUAUGAGGCGCUGGUUCAGCACGUCAUUGAGGACCACGAGAGGAUUGGCUAUCAAGUCACCGCCAUGAUCGGGCACACCAGUGUGAUAAUUCCCCGACCCAAGCCCAUCGUUAUGUUCCCUCCCAAAAGCCAGGGAGACAAGACAAUCAUUGGGAUGGGCCCUAAAGGAGCAGUAAUGGCGUCCACGAGAUCUCCUGUCUCACUUCAGCAGGGUCGCGCUACAAUUCCAUCAAAGAUGGCCUUCAGUUCCAGCAGUCUUCUGUCAGGAUUAAAACACGAUACGAUGGGAUUAAAGGCUCGGACGGGCCAGUCCUUCUCUUUGGGUAACCAGAACACUAAGGUCAGUUUGCCAGGGAAUGCCCAGGUUUCAGUGCCCCAACAGUCGCACGCAGCAAAGCAGCUAGUUCCUAGUGGGAGUCUGAGGAGCCCACUUGUGGCCGGUGCUACUUCUUCACUGAAGUCCAACCCUCUUGGUUCCCGUGUUCAAGCAGCGGCUACAACAGUAGCCUCUGUCACUGCCAAGAAAGGUGGCUCCUCGGUCCUGGGCACUUCCUACACCCAGAAGUGGAAAAUAUGCACCAUCUGCAAUGAGCUUUUUCCAGAGAACGUGUACAGCUCUCAUUUCGAGAAGGAGCACAAGGCAGAAAAAGUUCCCGCUGUGGCAAAUUACAUAAUGAAGAUUCACAACUUUACCAGCAAGUGUCUGUACUGCAACCGCUAUCUACCCAGCGACACGCUGUUGAACCACAUGUUGAUUCAUGGCCUGUCCUGCCCUCACUGUCGCGCCACCUUCAACGAUGUUGAAAAGAUGGUAGCUCACAUGCGGCUGUCGCACCCAGACGAAAAGGUGGGUCCUCGCACAGACUCUCCCUUGACCUUUGACCUCACUCUGCAGCAGGGCAACCCUAAAAACGUGCAGCUGAUUGUCACGACGUACAACAUGAAGGACGCUCCUGAGGAAUCGGUGGCAUUUCAUGCUCAGAACAACAGCAUCUCAGCAUCAUCCGUGCUGUCUGCCUCUCUGAUGGCAAGCAAGAGGCUGAUGCCUCAGCAGCCACCCAAAGCGGUUUUAGGACAUGGCGACCAUCCGGCAGUCAAGAGUGCCCCUCAGACUUCAGUUCCCUAUAAGAGGGACGUGGGCAAGACGCUGUGUCCUCUCUGCUUUUCAAUCCUCAAGGGACCCAUUUCAGACUCUUUAGCCCACCAUUUGAGAGAGAGGCACCAAGUAAUCCAGACAGUUCACCCUGUAGAAAAGAAGCUGACAUACAAGUGCAUUCAUUGUUUGGGUGUUUAUACAAGUAACAUGACUGCUUCAACUAUCACUCUGCACUUGGUGCACUGUCGAGGUGUCGGCAAGGCCCAGAACGGGCAGGACAGUCGGUCGGUUCAGUCCUCUCGCAUCAGCCAGUCUCAGAGCAGCGGCGUUAAACGCGCAGCUUUCGACAGCUCUGAUGCUAGUGCACCUAAACGAAGGAGGCCAGGACCUCCGGGUGAAAGAGCCCACCCGCGGGAUUGUAAUGGUCCCUCUGCGUUUGUAGAAGAUCCUGACGAACCCAUAGUUCUGGCUCUUGACCCCAAAGGGCUGGAGAACCAGUCGUACGAAUCCAGGAAAGCUUUCCUGACAGAGUAUUUUAACAAGGCGCCAUAUCCAACACAACAAGAGGUGGAGAAACUGGCGUCCAAUCUUUGGCUCUGGAAGUCAGACGUCUCGAGCCACUUUGUCAGCAACAGGAGGAAGUGCACGCAGGAAUGUGAAAGCCAGAAAGCCAAUGUGCUGUUGGGGUUCAGUAUGUACGAACUUAGCAAAGUCACUCAUGAACUGGCGCUUGCCAGCGAAGGGGUGUAUGAGUGCAGGCAUGGCAAACGGCGGACAUCCAAGUCACGCAUGGGGGUGUCGGAGCAGGCUCUCAAGAGACACAAGGAGGCGGUGGCUGCCAAUGGAGUGACUCUUCAGAAGGACGGAAAGCCACUCAGGGGUGUUCAAGGUACAAACGCAAAGCCAUUUGGUCCCGGUCUUGGCUGUGCCAGCCGGGACCAAAACAAGACAAUCAGCAGCACCUUACUACAGAAAACCCCUUUAGACCUUUCUGAGCCCAUUGCCAUCGACUCUGACAGCGAAGAAGAGGAGCAGCUGAGGGAUAAUAAGGGACUAGUACGAGGGGUUGGUCUCCAUGGCAACCAGCAGCUGUGUGGAUCUAAGGAGAGGGUGGAACUAUUGACGGGUACCAAGACCCUUUCAGAUCUUGACGACAUGUCGGAUGAUGAUGACGACGAUGAUGAAGAUGAUGACGAUGAUGAAUAUGACGAUGAUGAUGAUGAAGGGACACAUGUGGAGAAUGGGUUUGGAACCACACCGGGCUCAGAAAGACCGACUCUUAAAGGAAGGGAUCCGCUGCCCAUCAUAAUCCCCAAGUUUGUCCCGUCAUCUGCAAGAAGCGGUAGAGACGGCGCUCAGCUGGGCAAGCAGCAAGUCUGACUAACGGAAAAACCAAAAAUGAUUUUCAGUCGGACGUCCGUUCAAGAUUUGAUCCUCGCCCAACCGAAGCAGCAUUGGGGCGGCGGAGACGACUCAACACAAGCCAUCUAACAGCAUCUGAAGGCAGGACUCUGAGCAGCUAGGAUUUAAACAAAGAUUCACAAACUGGUUGUUGUGUUUUACAGAAGAAAGACGAGGUGCAAAAACUGAGGUCACACCAAACAAACGUUGAAUUUUUUUUGCCUUCUCUGUUUCUAUCACUGACGUGAGGAGUUUUAGCAUUGAUUUUGCCACUGGGCUUUUCAAUGUGGCUAGAAAGUGAGUUGUUUUGAAGCUUUUAAGCUGAUGAGAUAAUCCAUAAUUUUCAUGUAGUUAUUCUCAGAUUUGUUCUGUAAAUUUGUACAGUCUUUUAGACUUGUUUGAAAAGAUGUUGCUGUAAAUGUUUGCUUAAAUAUUUGCUUUUACCUGUGUGUAAGGUAGUCUCAUCUGUUCUCCAUCCCGAUGCUUUGCAAUAAGUGUGGCUUUGGUGGCUCGUGUUUUCUCAGCUUUUUCUUUGGAAAUUAAAAUUACACAUAAAUUAAGUUUGUUUUUUUUCUUUUAGAAUUAUUUUAAGUUGACUUUUCUAUAAUUUCUGACUGAAAUAUUCCAAACAUCUCUUGUUUGAUAACAGAACGGUGGAGCCUUAGCUUUGUCUAAACUGUAUUUUAAUUUCUAUACUCACCCAGUUUUAACUCGUUUUUUGACGUACCCAUCCUACUGGCGGCAAAGGUUAAAGCACCUCUCUUUUUUUUAUUUAUUUAUUUUUUUUUGCUGUUCUUUUCUCAAAGAUGGUUGUGUUCAGUGAUGUGUACUUGGUUCGUCUUCAUUUAUCACCCCCCACAUUUAUGAAAAAUAAAGUGCUGUCAUUGUGAUUCUCA